AUGAGUUUGAUGAAUCCCAGAACAGAGAAACUGGUGAAAAGGCUAACGUUUGUAGCCACUGCUGUUGCUUCCUAUUUUCUCCUAACCGCUGACUAUGGUCCUACACCCAAUGCUCUCGACCCUAUUAAGAAGCAAAUACUUUCUGCACAGAGCACUGUGAAAGAAUAUAUUUUGGGAUCAAAGAAAGAAUCUCAAGAAAACCAGUUGGGCAAAUUGGACAGCAACAAGGAUCAACCAUAA